CUCCUGCCCCUGCAGGCUGUGUGCCGAGCUGGGAAGAAAGUGUGACCCGUUCGAUGGAACAAAGGACAAGACAGCCCGGCCCGGUGCGGCCACUGCGGAGCGUUAGGAACGUUCCCUAAAAUGGCGGCCGGCGCGUCGGGACAGGGCGGGAGGCGGCGUCGCGUGGGGGCGGGACGGGGAGGGGCGCGGCCGGCCGGGCUUCUGCUCCGGCGACCCCGGCGGUGCAGGGCGGGUGGAGUCGCGGAGUCGUCCUCAUGGCCGCCGCGCCGGAGCCCGGUGAGCCCGAGGAGAGGAAGGCAUCUUGUACGUCAUUACAUUUAUCAUAUUGGAAGUCCCUUAAGCUCCUAGGAUUUUUAGAUGUUGAAAAUACCCCCUGCGCCCGGGAUUCAAUAUUGUAUGGUUCAUUAGGAUCGGUUGUGGCUGGCUUUGGACAUUUUUUGUUCACUAGUAGAAUUAGAAGAUCAUGUGAUGUUGGAGUAGGAGGGUUUAUCUUGGUGACUUUGGGAUGCUGGUUUCAUUGUAGGUAUAAUUAUGCAAAGCAAAGAAUCCAGGAAAGAAUUGCCAGAGAAGAAAUUAAAAAGAAGAUAUUAUAUGAAGGUACCCACCUCGAUCCUGAAAGAAAACACAACGGCAACAGCAGCAAUUGAACAAUCUUGAGCAUAGAAAAGAAGUCAGUGUAAACGAAGUUAAGAUCAACCACAUAAAACAUUUCAUGUGCAAUAAGCUCUCAAUCAAGUAAAUAAAGUUUAAGUUGUAGUCAUUUUUUUUCCCACACUUGUAUGGAAUGAAAACUUGCCAAUUUAUUCUGGCCCUGUGUCUACUACCAGGAUAGCAUUCUUACGUGUUACAUAUAGUGGACUUGUCAUCCUUAAAAUGUGAACAGAAUUUAUUGGCAGUGUGGCAAAGAAUUAUAAAACCUAGUGUUUAAUGUACUUGGAAAGAGUUUCCCUUGUAGUAAUAAGUAUAGAGUUUAAUGAUAAGUAAACUUCCCUUAACAAAAACCUCAACCUUAUUACUAUCCCAUUAAAAAGCAGCAAAUACUUACUGACUUCUUGUAACAGCUAAUGUCAUUGUAAGAUUUAAAACUAAGGGAUUUUAUCACUUUGCAAAUUAUUUUUUAAAUGCAUUCAUCAUUUGACAGUGUUCUCUCAUUUCUUAAAAUGUGAGUCAUCUUCCAAAAGAGUUGUUUUUAACUGCCCUAAACAUUUUUGGGGAAGUAUGCAGGGUUUAUAUUUUUAAGUAUAAUUCGUUCUGAAUUUAAAUAUGCACAUGGAACUUGUCUGGCAGACUGAUGCAACAGAAAAAUAACUGCAGAAUUACUAUCAAUGUAGACAAUCCUUUUGAAAGUCAAUCAGCUGCUCCCAUUAAAAUAUUAUUUAAAAUACAAGAAUACCCACAGCAUCUAACUAAAUCCUCAGGAUUUAUUCUCCGGGAGAAAUUAUCCCUUUCUAGGAAAUGAAGUUAUUUCUGGUUUUAAUCCGUACAGUACUUUAAGAAAAUCUAUUAAAUACAACAAAACACAAGCUAGAUGCUUAAGAAAUGCUUCAAGAAAUAUUGGGGGGAAGAUACCAGCAGUCAAUAGGAUUGUGGCCAUUACUGGUCCUAUUAUUUUGAUGUACCAUGGAAGGCACAGAAAUAGAGCAAGGAAGAAAAUAUUAGUUAUUUUGAUCUACGUCUUUUUCUAAAGAAAAGUGGAGCUUGCUCCAGUUCAAUUCACAAGAGCAUUUUCCCUCCCAUGCCCACCUUUUCUUGUGGCUGUCGCUAGGAAGGUUAUGAUGCAGAGGCUGUGUGGUUUACCAAAUGCCUUAACUUAGCAGUGAAUGACACUGUCAAACACAUGUUGAGGGAAAAUUUUUACUGAUUGACAAAAAGGAAGACAGUUUGCCCACUCUUAGUGGCACAAAUCAAAGCUGCAUGCAGUCUACAUUAUCCAAAUUAGUCGUAACCAAAUAGUUAAAAAAUUCCACCGGGUACGGUGGCUCACACCUGUAAUCUCAGCACUUUGGGAGGCCGAGGCAGUUGGAUCACCUGAGGUUAGGAGUUUGAGACCAGCCUGGCCAACAGGGUGAAACCCUGUCUUGUCUAAAAAUACAAAAAUUAGCCAGGCGUGGUGGUGCAUGCCUGUAGUCCCAGGUACUCAGGAGGCUGAGGCAUAAGAAUCACUUGAACCUGAGGUGGGGCAGAUGGAGGUUGCAGUGAGCCAAGAUCGCGCCAUUGCACUCUAGCCUAGGUGACGGAGUGAGACUCCCCAUCUCAAAAAAAAAAAAAAAAAAAAAUUCCAUACCAUGUUUUCAGAGGCAGCACUGUAUGAAUGUGGGAAAAUAUUGAUGAUCACUAAUCAAUAAUCUGAUAUUUAACAAACUGGGGACAGGCCACUUAUGCUGUUUUACCUUAGUUAUUCCUUGGUAUCCACAGGCCCAAGUCCCUUUAAAUAAAAUGCCCUCAUAUUUGCAUAAUCUACAUUCUCCCAUAUACUUUAAAUCAUCUCUAGAUUACUUACAAUGCCUAAUACAAAAUAAAUGCUAUGUAAAUAUAAUUAUUA